AUGCAGGGCCGUGGCGGUCGGGAAAGGGGAAUCAGGACCAUCAUCGACAAGGAUGCGGACGAGUCGAGGAUGGCGGAAGACCGAGAAAGCAAUAUAGUCAUUGAUCUGAAGGAUGCAGGCCACGAAGAAGGCGAAGGCACCUUAGGCGGCGUAGGUGGUAGAGGAGGACACGACUCAGCAGGUCAGGAUGGAGAGGAGGAUCUCAACUUAAGACCCAAGAUAAUAAUUCAUCUCGGUGAAGAAAGUCGCUCUUCUUCUUACUUUGUUGUUUCCUUCAGCUUCAUUAACUUUAGGAACUGCAAAGAUGCUAUUGAAUCAAUAGCAGAUUGAUGAAUUGUUGUGUUGAGAUCUCUAACCAAUGUUCAAGAUGAUGAUGCCGAAGGAGAUGAGGUAGACGAACUUCACCUGGAUCUUACUGCCUCCCCUGGCAAGGGGAAUAAACCUUCGAUAUUACCUUCUUCGUCUACCGAGAACCACCAUCAUGACAUCAAGCCCUUUGUUCCCAGUCUGAGGAGGACACGAGUCCAGCAGCUCGAGUUGAUUCACCACUUGUAUACUGAACAACAACGAUACGAGCGAGAUCGGGAGAGAAAAAGACAGGAAAAAGCCGCAGCGGACGACGCGGAAUUAGAAGUCCUACGUGGUGUGGAGAAGCAAAAGCAAAUCAUUCAAGAACUCAAGGAAGAAGGAGUGCCGGUACUUCCCUAUUAUCGUAGUUGCACUGAAGUCCUCUCUACAUUCUUACUCCUUCGAAAUACUGAUCUUAGAAAAACCGAGGUCCGCCUUAUUAUUAAUGGAUAAUUAAUGCGUGGGACGAGGUGCACGCGACGCUUCCCUGUGCUGUGUCGUAUGCAUAGACACCUCUACCACCGCUCCAGCACUCUCAGACCGAAGGAGCACCUGAUGAUCUUCAUGCUUAUUAGGCUAUUUCCAUCUCGUCUCAUCUUCAAUUCUUAUUUCCAAUUACUUUCUCUCAUCUCUGUAGUUUCCUUUUUCCAGUUAUUAUCCACAUUUACCUGGGCUUGGCACCAUACCCUACUACUAACUUGUGGCCACUUCUAGUAGUUGACGAGAUCUUACGAUAGAAAAAUAUGCUCUUCAUCUCAUGAUGUGCUUUUCCUACAUGAAAAAUAUGCUUUUAUCUCUACAUGAUCCUACAAUAUAUUUGUAUGCUUGUUUUCCUUUCCUUCCAACCUAGGCUGGCGAGCGUUGUUUUCAGCUGCAUGAGGAGGCGGCUAUUCGUAGGGAAAGGCAAGAAGCUCUGCGUGAGGACGCCCGCCUCGCAAAGAAAGAGGAAAUCGAGAUGGGGCGACGAAAAAUGCUGAGGGCAGUCCGGUUGAAUGCAGCAGUGGCGAAAGGCAAGUUGAACCCGACUGAAUACCUCGAAAUCGAGCAAGAAUUGGCCGAACGGGACACAGCAGAUGUUGCUGGAUACUUGAAGAGGCGAAAGGAGGAUGUCUCAUCAUCAUCAGAGGAAGAAGAAGAGGAAAGCGAUGGCGAUCUAGAUGGUGAAGAAGAAGACGAUGAACGGACGAAUCCUCCACGACUUGCAGGAACAAAAAGUACUUUCUCUAGGCGUCCCGAGGGGUCUACUACGUCAGCUAAAAAAGCAGACGAGAGAGACCACGCUGGAGACGAUGAUGACGGCGGUUAUAGUGAACAAGAAGAGGAUCAUGAUGCAAGAGACGACUCAUUUAUAGGAGGUGGAAUGCGUGGCACCUCCACUGCUCGUACCACAACGCGUGGCUCAUCUUCAAGGACCCAAAAGAGUACUUCUAAACGUCUAUCCUCUACUACUUCAAGAUCCAGUACCAAGUCCUUAACGCGACAGGACAAAGACAGACCUUCUACCAGAAGUACUUCUAGUUCUUCUAACCACCGAAGACUUUCUAAAAACAGAGCUUCUAAAGGAUCACGUGGGAGUUCCUUGAAGAAGAACUCGACUGUGUCGACCGUCUCUUCCUUUGUUGAAAGUGACGAUGACCAGGAAGACGACGAAGACGAAGAAAGUGAAGAUUACGGCUGUACCUAAUACAUCUUUGGACGCAUCCUUGAAACGUAUGGAGGAGUAUCCUAAGGGAAUGCUCCCCCAUACUUUUCAAGGAUGCACUUGAAAGAUGACUUACGGACAGCUCUAAGAAGAGGGGGAACAUAGUAAUUUGAAUGGCUUCGAGCGUCUUUUUCGUGAGUCUGAAGAACGCCGUCAGCGCAGAGCGGAAUUAGCUGCAGAGAAAGCGAAAUUACAGUUGAAAGAGUUCAAAGAGAAGCAAAAGCGAAGACACCAGGAGGCUCAAGAGCGCUACUUGGCACACUGUGGCACAGCGACACGGCGGUUUCGGGAAAUGGUUCCGCUCCAUGAGCGAUACACCCUAGGUUAUGGUGGAGGCGAGCAGGUGCAUGCUGAAGAAACAGCGAAAUGUUAAGGCUCCUUGUUGUUUCCUAUUCCUUGUCGAGGAUGGCGCUCCUAUAGAAUCUAUUAGAUAUAGUUCAUGUAAUUCAUCAUUUCUUUGAGAUGAGGCAUCUUCUCGAGAUGAACAAGGAUUUUGACUAUAAUUAAAAGGUCUUCGUACUAGGCUCAAGGCUUUCUUCUGAUUUUGACUAUAAUUAAAAGGUCUUCGCAUUCGGCUCAAGGCCUUCUUCUAAUAUGUGGAUCCUUUAGCGCCGAAGGGUAGCGGACAGAAGGUGCUUCACGCACGCAUGCAAAUGGCAGAGCAGAAGCGCCAUCUCGCGUGGCUACGCCAACGUGUCGACUACGAGGAAAAGAAGAAAGAGAAAGGGGAGGAAGACAGUGAAGAAGAGGAAGAGUAUGAGGAAGACGAUGCUGAUGAACUGAAUGAUGUCAACGGCACAGCUACUACAGGAGGCACUGCUACAGGUGGUGACGGAGGCACUGCAGCAGUAACGACUGGAACAGAUCCUACUUGUUCUAGUGCAAAGAAGCGAAAGAGGAAGAAGAAACGGCACCUAGCUCUAGUUCCUGUGGUUGCUGCGCCCAAGCGUGUCGACAAGGCAAGACUGCAGGCCUUGCAUGAUGACUUUAUGCUGAAGCAAG